AUGAAGUUGCCAUUAAGUGAGCAUGAGCUUACUAGUCUCUUUAAUGAUUUUCAAAAUGCACAAAAAGAACGAAUCAAAAUCAAGCAGCAAGCAAGCUCCGUUUUCGAGUCCCAAAGUUCUGGUGUGCAGAGUGCCAAACCAUUAGAAGAACUCGAAGAUGAACAUCAAAAGGUGCUAAAACAAUCAGGAUUUCCUGCGGAUCCAGAUGUAGAAGGGACUGUUAAAAGGGUUUCAAAUGUGAAACUUAAUGAUAUCGGUAUAAAUGAAGAUGCUUGGGGAAAAAGCAUGAAAAAAUUGGACUGGGACUUACUGGAUACGGCGAGUCCGGAUGCUGAACCGGGUUUCAAUUAUGAUAUAAAAUUUGAUCAUCCCAUUGUUUUAUCAACCGCCAAAUUUCGUGAGAUGAUUCAAACAAUUACUACUUCAGAAAGUGAUAAGACCUACACCGUUAAAGAAUGGGCUGAAUUAUGCGAAUCUUCAAAAUAUGCUACUCCGCCUCCUAAGAUGAAAAGCUCUUCUUCCAAAUCGUCUCAACGAAGAAAUAUCAAUAAUGGAAAGGUACCUACAAAUCAUUCGCCUAAGAAGCGUAGCACAUCCGAUCAAUCACCACCCGGAACGCCACCACGUGCGAAGAAACGUGCUCCUGUAAUUACUCAGACACCUCCCGAAACACCACCAAAACUUUGUACGUCGGGAUCAAACAAGACAAUUACCAUGAUCUCCGACUUGUCACUACCUGAGCAGGCUAGCAUAACCGACUCGUUUGUAGAUAAUGAUUUUUCUUUACAAGACUACACUGAUGGCAGUGAAGUUGAAGAAGAAGAAGUUGUACUCACUUCCGGUCAAGUGACUACCGAAUUUUUGCAGCAAAUGCCUCAAUUACAAGCUGCUAUUUCACAUACUCUAAUUAAAUUACCCUCAGAUUCUUUUGGUGCAACAUCAACCAAAAUCGUACUUUCUCCGAAAAAGGAAACAUUGGAAGGAGGUGAAUUUGAGCUUAUAGCCAAUGACGAUGGCAGUCAAUAUGCUCAUGGUAUCACUGAAUUAUAUCUCAAUAUUAGUUUAUGUGCCAUGUUUGUUCCGGAAACAUGGAUCGCCAGCACAGAUGGUUCGAUGACUGGUUGUAAAAUUAUUGAAACAGAACCUAUACCUGCAUAUCGGUUUGAAACGAGCUUUCAUGUAUCAUGUGGAGAUAAUGAUGGAAAUCAAUUCAAAGGAAUUGACUUAGAAGGCCAAAUAUAUUACGUGAUCUAUUGUAAAACACAUCAAAAAGAUCAUGCUGCUAUUAUGGACAUUUUAGGUAUGGACGAUGAAGAUGAUGUUUCAGAUGCUGAAGAAUUCAAUACCAUGGAUCUUGACAGUGUACGGUGA